AUGGAUCUUCUUACUUCAGAGGAAUGUUUGCUUAUAGCUCACAAAACCUUUCCGGACAAGGAUAAAUCCAAUUUGAUUCUUUUGAAUGUUCAACUGCAAGCCGGCUCCAAAGACCUGAUGGGUUAUAUGGGAGAGUAUUAUAAACUUAAUUUGGAAAUUGAAGAUGUUGUGGAAAAUGAAAAACAUAAUCUGGAAUAUUUCAUUAAGUGUUUGCCAAGAAACAACCAGCCUCAAAGAGAAGAAUGUGAACGAAAGGGUGUCUUUCGGAAAGAGUCCGCAAUUUACAGCCAAUUGUUGCCACAAAUACAGAAAUAUGCCACCAAGAAGCUUUUCCCCAAAUGCUAUUAUAGCCGCAAUGAUAUUCUAGUUCUGGAAGAUCUUACCAUAAAGUAUAGACACCUCAAGCCUUCGGAUAAUUAUACCAAGGAGCAUUACAAAGUGGUUUUGGAACACUUGGCUGACAUGCAUGCCAGUAGUAUAGCCUGGGAAGAAAAGGAUAAGAUUAAUAUAAAUGAACGCUACAGGGAUGUGCUGGUGGAGUUGCUUUUGAGUACCGGAAAUAGUUGGUAUAUGACAGGAGUAAAGGCCAUAGUUUUCUUGGCAAGUCGUCACCCUCAAUUACAAUCCAAAGAAGCACAAUAUUUCAUCAACAAUAAACUCUACAACCUCUUAACCAAAGCUGAAGAGUUAGUAAAGCCCUCAAAGACCAUCAGAAAUGUUUUCUGCCAUAGGGAUACUUGGGAUCGUAAUAUUUUAUACCAAUUUCCAAGCGAAUCUUCAACGCAACCCAGUGCCUGUUGUAUUGUGGACUUUCAGUUGGCAAAGUACUGCUCACCGACUUUAGAUGUUUUAUUUUUGCUUUAUAUUGUGGCCUCUGCAAAAGUCCGAGAAGAGAUAUAUGACGAGUGCCUGGAACACUAUUAUAACUCCCUAAAAUCGCAUCUAAUUCGUUUAGGUUUCGGAGAGAAAUUACCCAUCACCCGAGAGAACUUUCUGGCGGAGUGCCAAAGGACUCGACUGGCAGCUUUAAUAAUUUGGGCUCUAACCGAACCACAGACUAAAAUGUCGGCCGCGGUUUCCAAUCGAUUGAGAUCUGAAGAACCUGAAAAGUUUGAUUUCUACCUCAACACCGAUCGAAGUGAAUUAUUAAUAAGGGUUAUGAAGCUGCAGCCUGGAUACGAGGAGACUAUCAUGUUGCCCAUCAAAGAACUGGUAGAUUAUCUCAUGGCGAAUGAGAAGCUAUAUCAUUAA